GGAGGCUGCCUGGAUGAUCUCAUCCCUUCAGCAGCUGCAUACCGCAGCGAGGCAAACCCGUAACUUUCUAUGAAACUUCCAAGUUGCUUUUCGGAGAGAGACGCCGGGCCAUUUCCAGUCUCCCCUCGCGGGGGCACGCAUCACACGAAGGCACGGAACGGCUCUGCCUGACGCGUUUUGGACUAAAAGUAUCUGGUUGUGAGGGGGGAAACAACACGGGAAACCGUGCGGAGUGACAUGGAGAAAAGGUUUCUGGCUUUGGAGUGAAAAGAUGUCUUGGCCACAUUUGUGCAGCAGUUGAGGUGAAACCAUUCAAGCUUGCAGUGGUGGAGGAGCUUUUACACCCAUUGUUGAGCCGGACACGUGAACUACUGAUGAAUUCAGGGAAUGGCAUUGCACCCCACAAGCAGGCAUGUUUAAAUGCUAAGUGCCUUUAGCCUUUGGCACUGGUGUCAUGACCAGCCUGAAACUCCCACCCAUGGAUCACACCGUCGGGGGUUCCAUCCCCGCCACCAAUGAGUUUUACACUAGCCAUCUCCGGAUGGUAAACGGAGGGGCUGCCCUUACCCAAGUCGACAACAUUCAUCCACCUGUGACUACAGGAGUGCCUAAAAUGGGUGUUCGGGCUCGAGUGGCUGACUGGCCCCCAAGAAAAGACAUUCCGGGACCUAUAUGGCACCCAUCCAUAGAGGCUGAUGUUUCUGCUGUGCCUAAAAGUCAUGUCAAAUUGGGACCUGCUUUGAGUCCUCAGGAUUCAUCCAUGUUGCGAAACAUCCACAACACCCUUAAGAGUCGAACGCAGGUCCAGCCGAACAAUUACAGCAGUCCUGUCACCCGUUACUUGGCCCCAGGGGACCAGAGAAGUUCGGCGUCUAGAAACCCGCGACAGAGACGUGUCCGCCAGCGCAGCAACAGUGACAUGGCUGUUGGUGAGAUGGAAGCUGGUGCUGACAGUGGAGAAGAGUGGGGAUCAUCACCAGGGUCCAAAUUUUCCCCUCUCCAUCGUGAAUAUGGCAGCACAUCUUCUAUAAAUCAACAUGGGAUUUCUGGGGAAAGCAUUUUUGAAAUGCUUAAGGGCUACGAAGGGGAAAAAGUUGACCAUCGUAGCCCAGCUCCUGAGAAACUUGGGGAUAUUCCACAUGUGGGGUCGAGAGAAGCAAAUUUGAAAGCUCAGGAAGAUGAAAUUGAUGGCCAUCUUCUUAAGCCCAAGGACAGAGACAAGCCUCCAAAGAGACGUACCAAGUCUGAGACAGGAGGGGAGUCCAUAUUCCGAAAGCUUAGGAAUGUGCACGGUGAUUUGGACUCUACUCGGGGGGGUUCUGAUGCUGAGGACGGCAGGACAGAGGACCCUGGCCCCCGUCUAAAGCGCUGGGUGUGUCAGAAAGGUUUUGCUCAUUAUGAUGUUCAAAGCCUUCUCUUUGAUCUGAAUGAAAUUAUUCACCUCCGGCAAACUGCCGUUAAGAUAAAAAACACCACCACCGGCGCGUCCGCUGCUGCCGUCGCCUCCGCUUCUUCAACUCUGUCAUCAACCCACAGCCUGCCUUACAGCUCCCCCAGUGGAAGUCAAGAAGAACUCAGUUCUAGAGGCAGCCCAAGCCUAGACUCGGGAGAUGAGCAAAGCAAUGAAAUGUUGCUAAGUUGCCCUUGCUUUCGCAACGAGAUUGGUACUGAUGUCAAUGGCAGGGGCAGAUUGGGACAUCAUUUGUUUCUUGGUGGCGGAACAAGCUCAGGGACCCCAGUCGGGGAAGUUAACUUGUAUGAAACCUCUGUUUCACACUAUAGCAAUGCUGGAGUUUCAGUUCUUGAGGGAGCUAGGGAGGAAGACAACACACUCCUAAAAAAGGGGAAACAGUACAUAGUGGAGCACAUGGACCUGGGAGCCUACUAUUACCGGAAGUUCUUCUACUCUCGGGACCAUUGGAACUACUUUGGGAUUGACGAGGCGCUGGGUCCAGUUGCAGUGAGCCUCUGUAGAGAGAAGCUGGAGGACGAUAAGGAGCACAGUCAGCAGUAUAACUACCGCAUCAUCUUUAGAACCAGCGAGAUGACAACUCUCCGAGGUUCAAUACUGGAAGAUGCAGUGCCUUCCACCUCUAAGCACGGCACCUCCCGGGGGCUGCCCGUCAAGGAGGUGCUGGAGUAUCUUCUCCCAGAGCUGGAUUUGUCCUGCCUCCGACAGGCCCUCAACACACCCAAAGUCACUGAGCAGUUAAUGAAGUUGGAUGAACAAGGGCUGAGCUUUCAGGUGAAGGUGGGCGUGAUGUACUGUAGGGCCGGGCAGAGCACCGAGGAGGAGAUGUACAACAACGAGACGGCAGGUUCUGCCUUUGAAGAGUUUCUGGAGCUCCUGGGGGAGAAGGUCCGCCUAAAGGGCUUCACCAAGUACAGAGCCCAGCUGGACACCAAAACGGAUUCCACGGGCACCCACUCGCUCUAUACGUCCCACAAAGACUAUGAGAUCAUGUUUCACGUGUCGACCCUGCUGCCUUACACACCCAACAACAAACAACAGUUGUUGAGGAAACGCCACAUUGGGAACGACAUCGUGACCAUUGUGUUCCAGGAGCCAGGUGCUCACCCCUUCACUCCAAGGAACAUUCGCUCUCACUUUCAGCACGUCUUCAUCAUCGUACGGGUGCACAACCCCUGCUCUGACAAGACCUGCUACAGUAUUGCUGUGACGCGUUCCCAGGACGUCCCCUCCUUUGGGCCUCCAAUCCCCAAGGGGGUGACCUUCCCCAAGUCAUCUGUCUUUCGGGACUUCCUGUUGGCCAAAAUCAUAAACGCAGAAAAAGCCGCUUACAAAUCAGAGAAAUUCGGCGCCAUGGCCACACGCACACGACAGGAGUACCUCCGAGACUUGGCUGAGCGUCACGUGACCAGCACACCGGUGGAACCAACGUCAAAGUUCCCCUUUAUCUCACUGGCCCACAAACGACGGGAGAAGCUGCGCCCGUAUAGCGGGGCGGAGCUGCGGAGUCUGGGCGCCAUAACCUGGCAGGUGCACGCUGAGGACCAGGUAGCAGGGGCUGAGCGCGAGUGCCUGCUGGCCAUUUCCAACGACUUCAUCAUCCUGCUGGAUCAGGAGGCCAAAGUGGUCGUGUUUAACUGCGCCACUCGGGAUGUGAUCGGUUGGUCAACGGGGAGUCCCGCCUCCAUGAAGAUCUACUAUGAGCGUGGAGAGAGCGUGUCACUGCGCUCCAUCAAUAACAACACCGAGGACUUUGGAGAGGUUGUAAAAAGACUGGAGCUGUUGACCAAGGGCAGUCAGACCACAGAGAUGACUCUACGCCGCAAUGCCUUGGGCCAGUUGGGCUUUCACGUUAACUUUGAGGGUAUCGUAGCGGAGGUGGAGCCGUACGGUUAUGCCUGGCAGGCUGGGCUGAGGCAGGGCAGCCGACUAGUGGAGAUCUGCAAGGUCUCAGUGGCGUCGCUGUCCCACGAGCAGAUGAUAGACCUGCUCCGAACGUCUGUCACAGUCAAGGUGGUGAUCAUUCCUCCCCACGAUGACUCCACACCACGCAGAGGCUGCUCAGAGAUUUACCACAUGCCCCUGGUUGAUUAUAAAAACCACAAAGAAGGAAUGCCCUAUGAGUUAAAGUUCCCCUUCCGGCCAGCUAACAGCAACGGCAAGUGGCCACGGACCUCAUCCAGCCCGCAAACCCGCGCCGCUGGCACAGCAGGAACUCUGAUCAAAGCACCGCCUGCAGACCUCAGCGAACGCAACUCUGCUGCCAUUCCCCGCAGUGUUUCCAGUGACGGUCGACCUCUGAACCCGAAAAGAUAUUCCCCUGGGAAUGACAACUACGCUCUGGCCUGUUCCAUUGUAAUGGGUCACACACUGCACAACACUAGCACCCCCUCCAACCUGCCCUACGCAGAAACCAUCAGCUCCAGCCACUGGAGACAGAAGUCCAUGCCUGAUGGGUUUAACAACAACUGCCAGUCGCCUGCGUCGUUUGUGCGUCAGGCAGCCGGCGACGGGGUCAACGGCAUGAAAGCAAGCUCGAGCACUGGCGUUGGAUGGAUCCGGAGUGGCGAGGGGGAUUUAUGUAGCAGACUAGGAGACAAAGUGAGCUCGGACACUGGGGUGUCCAAGGUAACGAUUCCUCGACUCCAGCCAUCAGAUCAGAGCAGCCGUGUAUCUCCUAACAAGAACACUAAGGCCGAUGGUCCCUAUUCCUCCAGCCAGUCGAGCAGUAACACGCUGUCCAGCAAUGCUUCCAGCUCUGCACACAGUGAUGAGAAGUGGUACGAAGUUGGCUCCCAUUCGGGAGUGCAGAGUGAUCUGGAGCUCAACGGGUACCUGCAGGGCACGUCCACAGACAGCGGCAUCGAUGCCUCCUCCCUCACUGCCACUCAAAGCAGCACAGCUUCUUCUACUGCUGCCUUCCGGGCCAAGGAGAAAGUGCCAUGGGAGGAGUCUGUGGCGAGCAGCCCUGGAGCCAAGAGCGCUUCACCUCCCACUCCGGACGCUCCUGUCGUAGCGGCGUGUGGCAGUGAGAUUCCAACUAAAAGCUCGGCCGUGUACCUGGGGGGUCCUGAUGGGGGCUCAUACAGCCUAGGUGAUGCCCCCUCCCCGUCCAGUUCUGGUCACUCAGAAGGUCUGGUGGUUCAGGGGGAGGCUGCAGAGGGAGCUGCUGCAAACAUGUCACAGAACCUGCAGUCCCCCGGGACGAAAAGCUUCUACCCUCGACAGGGAGCAACCUCCAAGUACCUCAUCGGUUGGAAGAAGCCAGGCGGCUCCGUGAACUCUAUCGAGUUUGCCAGCACUCGCAAACGGCACCCGAGUGAUGGCCUGCUGGGGGGUCCACCCCAGCUAAGAGCCAAUCUCCGUGGCUGUCAUUCGCCCCAUCGGCAGACGGCCAAAUCCAGCCUGGAAGAAGACUUGAAGAAGCUCAUCACGCUUGACAGCCCUCCACCCACCACGACGGAAGAGAAGCCGCCGUUCCCUGGUCCCCCACCCAGCCGUCGAUCUCUUCAGAGGACGCUUUCAGAUGAGAGCAUUUACGGCGGACAGAGGGAAACGUCCUCGAGUGGUCCGCACGAGACCUCUGACCUUCUGUUUACCUGCUCCACCUUGCCCCGCUCUCCCACAACCCGCCACGGGUCAACCCGCCGAGCAUCACACAAAUCCCUCGGAGACCUGUCUGCAUCCCAGAGUUCAGAGCUUGAGAAGGAGAAAAAAAGGCAGCAGCAGCAGCAGCAGCAGGAUCCUUCCCUCAUGCCUCUGCCCGAUGCCGGGGUGGAUGGCCCACUUGACUGGGCUCACCUGGUGGAUGCAGCCAAAGCUUUUGAAGAACAGCGGCUGGCUUUUCUAACAGCCCAAGAGGAGGACUCCACUGCUGAAGCCAUGGCAGCUGCCAUCCCUCAGCAGGCUGAGCCUCAGGCAGCUCCCCCUAGACAGCCUCUGCCAGGAGAGACUCCAGCCAUCUUAUUGGGGAAAGUUGACCAGCUGGAGUCCAUGGUCAAAGCGCUGCAGGAGGACCUGAAUAAGGAAAAGGAUGCCAAGGCCUCCUUACAGGCUCAGAUCCAGAGUUUGAGGGAAGACAACCAGCGCCUCCUGGAGGAGUCGUACAGCGCCUCAGCUAAGCUGAAGAAGUUCACAGAGUGGGUCUUCAACACGAUUGAUAUGAACUGACGCACAGAGGUGUCGUCCCCUCUUCUGCUUUGGGAGUUUAACCACUGCUCAAGCUCGUUUCAACUUCAGUGCUGAUCUUACUGACACAGUUGUCCUUGGGUUUGUACAAACCAGUCCCAACGUCGAUUAAUUUCCAUUCUAACUUUGUUUUGCUGUGAAACAGUCACCAUGAAAUGCAAAAAAGGGAAGAAAAGAGCUUUUAAUUGUGUGCCAGAUUAAUCUGCAUGCACUCCCAUUAAACCUGUACCGCUCUGGGUCAGAUCGGACCCCUGAUGCCCCCUGCAUGUCAGGAGAAGCAACACUGUCCUUGUUAGCUUCUCAUCUCUAAUCAAGAUCCUUUCAGUCAAAUUAAAAUGUGCUUUUCAGGAGUUGGAAAACAGUGUGAAGCAGCUGAUACUUUAUUCAAUUACAUUCUUUGGUGUUAAGGCAUUAUUUAAUUUUUUCAAUUUCAGUGAAUAAAAAUGUCUUAUUUUUGUAUUAGUAACCUAAAGGAAAAACGAGCUAGGAUAAGAUGUCCCUUUUGAGUGGAAGGACACAGACGUCCUGUGUCAAAAAGAAUUAUGCAAGAGUUUGAACGGUUGAAAGAUGAGAACAGAACAUAUAUCGUAUAAAAUCAUAGUGAGUGCCAUAAAGUAUACAAAUAUAAUAAAGAUUAUUUUAAAUAUUUGAUUUAAACAACUAUUUUUCUCUUUCCCUCUCAGGAAAUAAUAAUCUGAGGAGGAUUAAUGACAAAAGGUAAAAAAAAAAAGGCCACAU